AUGACAGACACCUACGAUCACCAGUUUGCCAAUCAACCAACUCUCAUGUCUGAGAAGUCCGCUUCGUCAUACAUCAGCCCUCCUUCUCCCCGCCGAAAGCCCACGCACCGUAGAGCAGAGAGCACACGCACAUCGAAUGCAACUGUGAGCACGAACAUGAGCUACGGCAGCAGCAUGGGGACACGACUAUCAGAAGCCACCAACAUUACUCAGCCGCCAUCCUACUCGAAGAAGUUUGUCGUUGUAGGAGAUGGAGGAUGUGGAAAGACGUGCUUGCUGAUUAGCUAUUCUCAAGGCUAUUUCCCAGAGAAAUAUGUUCCCACUGUCUUCGAAAACUACAUUACCCAGACCAUGCAUCAGCCCUCGGGCAAAACUGUCGAGCUUGCCUUGUGGGACACUGCUGGCCAGGAAGAGUACGACAGGUUGCGACCACUCUCGUACCCAGAGACCGAUCUGCUGUUCGUUUGCUUCGCUAUCGACUGCCCAAACUCACUCGAGAAUGUCAUGGACAAGUGGUACCCGGAAGUCCUUCAUUUCUGCCCGAACACUCCGCUGGUGCUCGUUGGCCUGAAAUCCGACCUUCGCUCCAAACGCACCUGCAUCGAACUCCUCCGCACACAAGGCCUCACGCCUGUAACUCCCGAGCAGGGCGCCGCGGUGGCAAAGAAAAUGGGGGCUCAAUACAUUGAAUGCUCGGCCAAGGAAUCCAGAGGAAUCAAUGAAGUCUUCGAACUUGCCAUCAAUACAGCUGUUCAGGCCGAGGAAGACAGCUACGAAGAGCAGCCUAGUGCCCGUGGAAACAAGGUGAAGAAGGCCAAGAAGAGGAAGUGCGUGUUCCUAUGA